AGCAGUAGCAGCAGCAUGAUCUUCACGGCCUUCUCCGGGCUCGUCCAGCAGGGCCUCUGCAUCUGCUGCCGCGCCCCCGGCCGCGCCGGCAACCAGCCUCGAGGGCAGGCGCUGCGGCCCGCGGUGCGGCGGCGCGACGCCAAGGGCGCGGUGGUGAAGGCGUCCUAUACCAAGGGCCGCGGCCCCAGGGACCACAAGCGCGUCAAGUACAGCACUGUCGAAAUCCGUGCCCAGGAGACGUCCAAGGGUGGCGUCAAGUAUGAGGCGAUUCUGGCGGAACCUGCAAUUCAGUCUCCGCCCAAACGAAACACCUCUCCUCUCCGUACUCCCAAGGCAACCGUGGAGGAAAAGCUGAAGGCAGCUGAAGAGCGCAGACUGUCUUAUGAGGCCAACAAAAUGGCUCAGCUUGCAGCUCAGAUGGAGAAGAUAGAAAUUAUUGCCAAGAAACGCGAGGAGGAGGUUUCUAAGAGGAAGGAAGCUUUAGACAAAAAAAUUGAAAGCGCUGUUGAAAAGCGGGAUGCCCACAUUUCAUCUGUGAAGGGAAAGGCCAAGGAGCAGACAGUCAAGGUUGAGCUUCUUGCCAAGAAGAUUGAUGAGGAGGCUUCCAAGAAGAAGGAGGCUUUGGAGAAAAAAAUUGAAAGCCACGUUGAAAAGCGUGAGGCUCACAUUAACUCAGUCAAGGAGAAAGUCAAGGAUCAUCUCAAGAAGGGAGAAGAGACUCGUCAGAAUUUGGACAAGCAGGCAGAGGAGAUCAAUCAGGCUUUGCAGGAGAGCUUGAAGAAAGCCGCCGAACAGCGUGAAGACAACAUUAAGAAAAUGCUUGAACGCCUUCAGGAACGUGACCGUCGGGCUGAGCUUGUUCGGCAGAACAAGGAACGCCUCUCAUCAUCGUUCUCAGAGAGCCAGCAGGAGUCUGAGACUGCCUCCUCGGGGUAGUUCUUCUGCGCCAGAUGGAAGUUGCUUGUAAAUUGAUAAAAUGUGAUUUUCGAAACGUACUUUUAACCCGAAACUAACAAGCAAUGUCCUUCAAUUUUUUUAUAUACGCCUAUUGCCAGGCUUCGUUUUGAUUUUUUUAACCCAAAAUGUGCGAGUGUAUAUGUAAGAACUCUACAUUUUUUAUGUAAUGCCUGUCGUAAGAUCUCAUAAGUCCUAAUUAUGUAUUAAAACUACUCUGGGACUUGGCCCAGAUAAAUUGUUUAAGCUUCUUUGUACUGAUAAUGCUAAGCACGGGCCUUUUGAAGUGCCUCUGUUUUAACCAAGCUUGAAGCUGUGUGAUUAAUGUGUGAGAUAAUGAUGUACAAUGGCAUUUUGCUUUGCCAGUGACCAUUUUGCAUGCAUUGCUCAAAAUCAUUCCUAUUUUAUAGAAGCGGUGUGGUGUUUUUUUUUCUUUUACAAAAAAACAAAAAAAAAGAUUGAAACUA